GCGGAGGUCCCGGGGUCGGAGGGAAUUGUUGGGUGUCCUUUGCUCUUGUUUCAGGUAACAAGGCUAGCUUGCGGCGGUUUGGUCGCCGUCCGCCUCAACACCGAUGGCCGACGCCCAGGGCUUCUCCAAUUCCUCCACGCCGUCGGCGAGCUCGCCGCGCACGUCCCCCAACCAUCGCCCCCAUCCUGGUCACGUGACCUCCUCGGCGAGCCGAUCCCUGAUCCCGACCGCAUCCAGUUCCCCCCCGACGCAAAACUAGUCCACAGGUCCUUCUUCUUCGGACCCGAGCAAAUCUCAGCACUCAAAAGUCACGUGCCGUUCACGUGCACGUCGUUCGAGGUCGUCGCGGCGUGCACUUGGCGUGCGCGCGCUGUAGCUUUGGGUAUGGACCCGAACGACGAGCUCAGGUUCAUGUUCAAUAUAAACGUUAGGUCCAAAAUGAACCCCCCGUUACCUGAAGGCUACUACGGAAAUGUGUUCGUAUAUCCUGCGAUAGUGACAACCGCUGAAAGACUGUGUAACGGUCCGUUAAGUUACGCCGUUGACUUGGUUCAGAAGGCGAAGGCGAAGGCAACCGACGGCUACAUAAAGUCAACGCCGAUUCAUGGCGACGAAGGGGCGGCCGCCGUUCACUAUGAACGGGCGAGGGUUUUAACUUCGUGGUCGGGACAACAACGCGUGGCCGGGUUCGCCGACGUGGACUACGGGUGGGGGGCCGUGUACGGCGUCCCGGCGGCCGGAGGGUUCGACCAUGCGGGUGUCCUGAGCCUUCUACCUGGCCUUCAUGAAUCGUCAUGA